CCAAUCAAAUGGCAGCUUCUUCAAGCAGCUCCUCUGCCAUUUGUAAACACGUGUCUGUACCUUCCCGUUUCUUUCAGCGGAUAAAAUCCAUAAUCUAACAAAAUGGCCAAAAGCUUGCGGAGUAAGUGGAAGAGGAAGAUGCGAGCGGAGAAAAGGAAGAAGAACGCCCCCAAGGAGCUGGCCCGCCUCAAACUAGCCCUCAGUCUGGGCAAGAAAGGUGAGGAUGCCGUGAUGAGCGACAUGCAGGAGAUCGCCACUGUGGUCCCGGUCGAAAAGAUCAAGAAGGAGCCCGACGUCAACAUGGCGGGAGACGGAGAGGACGAUGGUGGCAUGGACUUGGACAGCAAGCGCAACAAGAAGACACUUCUGAAUGAGCAUGGACAGUAUCCGGUGUGGAUGAGCCAGCGACAGGCCAAGAAGCUGAAGACCAAGAGGAUGGCACAGAAGGUCGGCAAAGGAAAAACAAACAAGAAGAAGAAGGGGAUUGCCUGGUGAAAAGCAAAGAAACCAAAGACACUCUGCUGAAGAUCACUCCAUCCAUGUGCAACAUAGGCUCUGUUUAUUGGGAUGGAACAGCAGCAACACUUUGGACACAAAGUAUAUUUUGAUUUCUUCACUCGUGUGCUUAAAAGAUUAAAUUUCAUGUAAAAUAUAUCCAAACAAUGUAACAACAAACAAUGAUUUACCAAUUGUCCCCAUUUUGAAAUCAUAAAAAGCUUAGAAUUGCAAUAAAAGUCCUGGACCACAGA